GUGUUUAUGUGUAAAUAAAGAUUUUUAUUUGAUUUAAGUCUUGAGACAUAAUUAGUAAAACUAUAAAGUUUAUGAGUUUUGUUUAUUGCAUUAAUUCAACAGUUAAUAUUUCCCUAUUUAUUGUCAGUAUGGAAUCGACAGGCAAUAAAUCUCGCACACCUAGUCGUUGUCGAGAAUGGGAACGCCAGAGACGAAAUAAAUUUAAUGAAGCUAUUUCAAAGUUAGGUGAGAUUGUAAAAAAUAUGUGCAAAGCUCAGAGUACAGGCAAAGAAACUGAAAAUAUUCAGUAUCCUAAGAUUGAAAUUAUACAAAAAGCUACUUUAUAUCUUACAAACAGCGUACAAGAAAACACACAGUUGAAAGCAGAGAUCUUAGCUCUACAAGUUGAACUUGAUGUUAUUAAAAAUAAAGUCAAGAAAGAUGCAUCAACACAAGUAAUUAUAUCUGUAUGUAGAAAAAAUCCAAAUACCAAGUAUAGUAAAUCUGUCAAGCAGCAGAAACUAAAACGAAAUGCACUAAAAGAAAAACCAAAUUUAAAUCCAAAUCUGACAAUAGAAACAAACACAUUGAAGCAAAAACCAAUACAGAUUUUACCACAAUUGUUACCAAAAACAAAUGUGAAUAACAAUAAAAGAUCUCCAGAAAACACAAUAGUUGUUUUACCAGCUUCACCAUACAUUUUUCCACCAAGACCAUUAUUAUUUCCAACCGUUCCACCAGCUAUUGUGCUUGUGGAUUCAGGUUUACAAACACUUAAUAAAUUUUCCAACCCUGUAGUAAAUAGAAACAGUGGAGAUGUUACUAAAACAACAAUGGUAAACAUUUUACCUAUAUCAGCAUAUUCACGACCUUUGUCAGCUACUAAAGUGAAAAAGAAUGCUACAAAAUCCAAAAAAGAUAAUAAGAAAUCUUUCAAAUCAUCAAAAACCACUGAGAAAAUAGUUGAGCCCGAAGAAAACAAAGAAUCUGAUGCCCAGUCAAAAGAUGUUACUGAUAAUAAUGUAAAAGAUGACUCAAAUAAAGUUUCUCAUAACAAUUCUAACACCACAAUAAAAGCAAAUAGUUGUGAAGGAGUAAAACAUGAUGCAGCAGAAAAUAUAGGGCUCAGUAAAAAUAGUGUUUCCUCUAACGAAAUAUCAGAAAUAAAUAUUAAAACUGAUAAAACAACUGUGAUCACCAAAACAUCAUCAAGCCAAUCUAAUGAAACAGAUAAAAUUAAAGAAAAGGAUAAAGACAUUGAUGAUUGCUCUAAAAAGACACAGGUAUGUCAUAUACCAGAUAAAAAACCAGCACAAUGCACUUCGUCUAAAAUAGAAAAAUCUUCUAAUACCAUAUUGAGUAGUGAAAGUUCUUCAAAAUCAAAUAAAACAACUUCAGCUGAGAAGGCUUCGCUGCAAAUAGAUAAAGAUAAAGAAAAUAAAUUGCCAAAUAUUUUAGAGACUACUUUGUGUGAUACAGUAGUUGAUGGGGGAAAUGCACGACUUGAGCUAGCUGAAGAGUUUUUAGCCGCUUCUCCAACUGCUGCAUUUCUUAUGUCUUUUCCCUUAGUAAGCGGAAACAGAGCAGACAGCCCCGCAGACGAACCUCAUAACUCAGUCCAAAAUAAUAAUAAGGAUAAUAAGUUAACAAUCCAACCUGCGCAAUAUUUU